AUGAAAUUCAGUACUACCUUCGCCAGCCUCGUGGCUUACUGUGCCAUUGGCGUUCACGCAAUGCCAUCCAACCCAGAGGCAGCAUCUGAGCUCACCAGCCGCAACGAAAACCCCCUUGAGAAGCGAGCCUGCUACAACGGAAAAAAGGAAUACGGCUGUGACAAAGGAUAUUGCUGGAAGAAGUGCGGCGGCGGGAAUGGAAACGUAAACAAUAGUGGCCCGUGGUGCUGGGCCAAAUGGAACUGGGGAUGGGGUGAUGGUAACUGGGUUUCUUGUCACUAUGAUAGUGACUGCAAGAAGGCCUUUGCUGGUGAAGCUGCCUGUGCCCAGGGUAAUAAACACGCGGAGCUUGAGAAGCUUCAUCAAUUGAAUUUCCACGUGAUAGUCACAACGGAUGUACUACUCGCUGCUGGCCGAUGUCGGGUUACAUAA